CUUACACCAAGUUUCACACAAGAUAAGUCAUCGAGCAGACCACAGCGGACGGCGCUGCUCCAUCACAGCUAGCCUCUCCUUUGCUCCAAGCUCCAGAUGGCAGGUGAGCUGGUACACCGACGGGUCUCUCUUCCCCUCAUUUAGCUUCAGAAGAGAAAGCAACAUCUGAAGGAAGAGCUUCUCCAAAGGUGGUCGUCUCAGACUUCCCAAAAACAAUUAUGCAUGCAAUUGAGGGUUUGAAACUAAUCAACAUAUGGGAAAUCCAGCCGCUCGUGCUCCUCAGCUUCACACUGCAAAUUUUCUUGUUCUUUACUGGCAGCCUUCGACAGCAUAGCGCCAGCAUGUUCCUAAGGCUCUCCAUUUGGGCAGCUUAUCUGGGGGCCGACUUUGUAGCAGUUUAUACCCUCGGCCUUGUCUCGCAACAUGAGGAUAUCACCAUUAAAAGGAACAUACCCGAGAAAACACAAUCACUAGCUUUCUUUUGGGCACCAUUUCUGCUCAUCCAUCUUGGUGGGCAAGACACCAUUACUGCCUUUGCCAUGGAGGACAAUAACUUGUGGUUGAGGCAUUUGCUGAAUCUAGUGGUGCAAGCUGUCCUAGCUAUUUAUGUUUUCUGGAAGUCUAUUGGAGGACACAGCGUGGAGCUUCUAGUGUGCGGUGUAUUUUUGUUUAUUGUUGGAGUUAUCAAGUAUGGGGAAAGAAUAUGGUCUCUCAAGUGUGGUUGCUUUAAAAGCCUUGAAAGCUCAAGUGGCGAUCGUUACAAAAAGUUGCCAGGCCUUGAGUGGGAAGAGGAAACAGACGAGGAAUCAAGUAGCAAAGUCGGCACUGGUGGUGGCUACGAUAGCAUUGUUUAUACAGCUCUAUGUUCAAUGGCACAUGUCCAUGAUAUCUUUUCGGGACGUGGCUACUUUUCUCUCGCGGGUUUCCCGGCAAGGUCGAUGCUAGAUGACAGCAAAGAGGCGAUCAAGAUGGUCAGUGUUAUUCUUCGUGUGAUGUUUGCUGAUUUGUACACCAAGGCUCUUGUGGUGAGAACAAGGAGUGCCAUCAUACUUCGAUGCAUCUCUCAGAUGUCUGUUGUUGUUGCUUUUGCUGUGUUCCAUGCAAUUGACAAACAGAGAUAUAGAAAAAUCGACAUUGCAAUCACUUACUCACUUUUUGUGGGAGGCUUUUUCCUAGAACUAUGUGCAAUGUUUAUUUCCAUGAUGUCACCCUGGACAUGGGCAUGGCUGAAGGUUCGAAAAUGGGAUAGGCUUGCCAUGUUGUCAUGGUUUAUUUUUUCCAGUAAUAUUGGAUGGCCGGAGGAGAAGCAAUGUUUCCUAAAGUCGAUGGGACAGUACAUCUUUUCGAGCUGGGUGACGGGCAGUGGCCAAGCGAGAACAUUCAAUCAACGAGUGAUGAGCAUGGUCAAAUGGCUUGCGGAUCUGGUUCGUGUUGAAAGGAAGAAAAUAUUUUGGAUGAGCAAGCUGUUAGACACUGAGUAUGUGGAUGUGGAUGAGAUGACUCUGGAGUGUGUUGCAAAGGAGAUUAGUCACUUGAGGCAUGUAGGCGGCCCCAUUGAGAGUGGCAGAGACUGGCCAAAGUUGUUGGGAGAACGUGCAGAUUUUGGUGCUGCUAUUGUGUUGUUUCAUGUACUCACUGACAAACAUUUGAGUAGAUAUCCCCAUUCUCCUUCUCCGGACAUGGAGGCGAAUACUGCAGGAGUGGGCACGAUUAAUAAUAUGAUGGAGGUAUGCCGGAAACUAUCCAACUACAUGAUGUACCUUUUGGCUACCCACCCUUCGAUGCUGCCGCUGAAUGUUAGCGCGGAAGCCAUGCUGGACCAUCUUCAGGAUCCGCAAAUACUACAUGAGGAUCUACUCCAAGAUCUGGAGCCAAGCAAGGAAGCAGUAGAGGAGUUAGUUCACGUGUGGGCGAGGCUCCUGAUUUAUGCUGCAGGCAAGUCCAUGGCGGAGAUGCACAUGGCACAACUGAGCAGAGGAGGGGAGUUCAUCACCUUCGUCUGGCUGCUCAUGGCCCUCUACGACCUUGGAGAUUUCCAGUGGAAGAGGAUUCGUCUCACCAAUGCCGCUUUUAUUGAUCGUAGGGUGGAGGAGUUAUUCGCCUUCCCUGUACCUGCAGCAAAUCCACCGGAAGAAUCUAGCAGCAGCAAGGUUCAUGGGUGAAAUAAACGGAUGAUCGAUCUGCGCGGCUGCUUGUACGUCAUGGCGUAUCUGUCUUGCGCUCGCGUCUGGGUGUGCUUCUUCAUUUCGAUGUGUGUUAUCAAAUAGCGCAGCAUAUAUAUCAAGGUGCUGCUACUUGAAUACUAGUCAGGCAAUUUGCUGCUGAUGUUUUUAUGUAUGUUCUCACGUUUCAAAACUUGUAAUGAGGUAUAAAAGACUCAUCUAUGUGGUACAUGAG